GUUUCAUAGAAGCAAAAUUCAUCAUGGCGCCGAUAUCGCAGGAUAUGGAAGACAAAAGUCAACGGACAACAAUUGCGUUUGACGUAUCAAAAAGAGAACUCUUCACACCGCAGAAUGGCUUCAAGAGUCUACAUAAAAAGCUACGUAGCAAUUGGAAGAUCACCAGUCAAAAGGAUGAGAUUACUGAAGAGAAGCUUGCUAAUGUUAAGGUGUUCGUCUUGGCGGGACCCCGAGAGAAAUUCACUGCCCCAGAGUUUGAAGUCAUCAAGAAGUUUGUUGACGGAGGAGGAAGCGUUCUUGUCAUGAUGGGGGAAGGUGGAGAGAGUAAAUUCGACACAAAUAUUAACUUCUUAUUGGAGGAGUACGGCAUUAUGGUCAACAAUGAUAGUGUAGUCAGGACAUCCUACUACAAAUAUUUUCAUCCGAAGGAAGCACUGGUGGCGAACGGAGUCUUAAACAGGGCAAUCAGUGUAUCAGCAGGAAAGAUCGUUCAGAGCAUCGGUGAAGAUGAGGCUGGAAACGACACAAAGAAAGACGCAGCUCAGUCAGGCGCUCCUGCGUCUGAAAUAAAUGACGAAAAAGGCUCAAACUAUAGGGAAGCCUUAACGUACCUGUUCCCGUUUGGAGCGACGUUAAACGUGGCCAAACCAGCGACGGCCAUUUUAUCAACGGGAACGGUGUCUUUCCCACUCAACAGACCCAUAUGUGCAUUGCACUCAUCGAAGUAUUCAAAAGGUAAACUUGCAGUGCUUGGCUCAGUCCAUAUGUUCAGUGAUCAAUAUCUCGACAAGGAAGAAAAUGCAAAGAUCAUGGAUGUACUCUUCCAGUGGCUCACCACAGAGAAUGUUGUACUCAAUGCCAUAGAUGCAGAGGAUCCCGAGAUAUCUGAUUACAACAUGCUGCCUGACACAGCGAAACUAGCGGACAAUCUAAGAUGUUGCUUACAAGAGCACGACGACACACCGCGUGACUUCAACUCGUUGUUUAGUAGUAAACUCUACACUCUGGAUACCACAACGGUGCCCAAAGUUAUCAGGUCCUUUGAGCAUCUUGGAGUCAAGCAUGAACAGCUUGCUUUGAUCCAACCACAGUUUGAGACGCCCCUUCCUUCACUUCAACCAGCGGUCUUUCCUCCAGCGUUCAGGGAGCUCCCGGCACCAGCCCUCGAUCUGUUUGACCUCGAUGAAUCAUUCUCAUCAGAAAAAGUCCGACUCGCACAAAUCACAAACAAAUGCACGGAUGACGAUUUGGAAUAUUACGUUCGAGAGUGCGGAGAAAUCCUUGGAGUGAGUAACAAGUUGCCGGCCGACUCACGAGAUGCUAAACAUAUCCUGGAACAUAUCUUCGCUCAGGUGGUUGAAUUCAAGAAACUCAAUCAGGAGGGUGAUGUUGGUGAUGAAGGCAUUUACUGAGAAGCUACAACAAGAGCGCAUGAAACAGAAGUUGGGGAAAAUCCAUGAGCUGGCAGAUCCGUUCAACUAACGUGGGGUUCCGUUGAAAAAUAUUAAUUGUGAAAUUGUUUUGUUUUGCUUUAAAAACAAUAUCAGUGUUAUCCAAGACUAGACAAACUUUCAAACUUAUACGACCCAUUAUAUGUAUAUACAUGUUAUCAAAAGAGGGACAUGUCACUCAUUAAACACCUUUGCUUUUGGAUAAACAAAAGGCAACACAAACCAGCAAGAAACAUUCUUUAUGCUGAGACUUUUUUUAAACAAAGUUUUGGCAAUUUGUUUGUCAACCUAAUGUAAAUAUAUUUGUAAAUCUCAAUUGUAUAACUGAACUGUUAAUAGAAGAGAUAGGCUGUGUACAUAUACAUAUGGUAUAGAUGUGUGUGAACCGUUUGAACUAAGUUUUCUUUCCUUGUGAAUUUGGAACAUUGUCUCCUUAAAGAGGACCAGCUGAAGAGUCAACAAGCCUCGAAAUAACCCACUGCACCACAGCUGCCCUCACAGCAAUUGCCGUGGUGACCUGUGUUAUUGUUGUGGGGCCCUGAGCUUUUGCCGUGGUGCCCUGAGCUUUUGCCCUGGUGCCCUGUGCUAUUGCCAUGGUGCCCUAAGCUUUUGCCAUGGUGACCUGUGCUUUUGCCGUGGUGCCCUGUGUUAUUGCCAUGGUGCCCUGAGCUUUUGCCGUGGUGCCCUGUGCUUUU